AUGGAAGUAAUUAGAGAGAAGAAAGAUGAAGAAAUGGAGAUGGAAAGACGAAAAGCAUCAUCGAAUCAUCAAAUCGUAGAUCAUCGUCUUGCUCCGUACACUUACACCCAAACCUCCGACAAAGAGAAACCCACCACCGAAAGAAUCGGGUCGGAUCCGGAUCCGGAUCUUGAUACCAACCCAAUUUCUAUAGCUCCAGUUCCAAGGUCAUACGCUAGGCCUCAAACUACUUCUCCAACGAGGAGAGUGAGAUACAGAGAAUGCCAAAGGAACCACGCGGCGAGCUCCGGCGGACAUGUGGUCGACGGUUGCGGCGAGUUUAUGUCAUCCGGUGAAAAAGGCACGGCGGAGUCUCUUCUUUGCGCCGCCUGUGAUUGUCAUCGGAGCUUCCACAGAAAAGAAAUCGACGGCAUGUUCGUUGUCAAAUUCAACAGCGCUAGCUUCGACCAUUCACAUAGACCAACCCUAAGCCGCCACGUGUCUCCGAUCAUGAUGAGCUUUGGUGGUGGUGGUGGCGGCGGAGGAGGAAGAGAUCCGGCGGAGUCAUCGACGGAGGAUCUCAACAAGCUCCAUCAAUCUUUUAGCGGUAAUGCAAUAGAUCAGUUUCAAUACCAUCCGAAGAAACGGUUUAGGACAAAGUUUAAUCAAGAACAGAAGGAGAAGAUGAUGGAGUUUGCUGAAAAGAUUGGUUGGAGAAUGAGUAAGCCUGAAGACGAAGAAGUGAAUCGGUUUUGUCGUGAGAUUAAUGUGAAAAGACAAGUUUUUAAAGUUUGGAUGCACAACAAUAAGCAAGCAUCCAAGAAGAAAGACAUGUAAGAGACUUUUUAUAUAUACUCUUUGUUCAUCACUCCUUUUCUUAACUUGAAAGAUGUUUUAAGUUAG